AUGGCAACCACCUUAUCCCUCCUCUCUCCCAUCUCCCUCUCCUUUAACCACAGCAAUGCCACGGCCGUCUCCACCCGCCGCCUUAGUCUAGGCUCUUCAUCCCUUAACCAGCGGAAUCCUUCUAAAUUCGUCACCAAAGCCCUCUCCACUCCUUCACCAGCCUUGAUCCAAGAUGAUCUCAAGAAACUGGCUGCUGAUAAAGCCGUGGAAUAUGUUAAGAGUGGUAUGGUUCUUGGGUUGGGUACUGGUUCAACCGCCGCCUUCGUGGUGACCAAGAUCGGCGAUUUGAUCAAGUCUGGCGAGCUUACUGAUAUCGUCAGUGUGCCCACCUCGAAGCGGACUCAGGAGCAAGCUGCUAGCCUUAACAUUCCAUUGUCAACCCUCGAUGCCCACCCUCAUCUGGACUUGGCCAUAGACGGAGCAGACGAGGUCGACCCGAAUCUUGAUCUGGUUAAGGGCCGUGGUGGGGCCCUUUUGCGUGAGAAGAUGGUUGAAGCCGCCUCGGAUAACUAUGCUCCAGUAUCUUAUAAAGAUUUGGAAAAGAUGUCCUGGACAGGACAAUUGUCUUUUACUGGUCGUCUUAUUGGUGAAUUCACCUUGGAACCUGAAACUAAGUGUCUCGUCUUUCUCGUGAAUUCUCCUGAUUGGCAGCAUGCAAAAUCAGGGUGCUGCUUGGGAUGUAAACCCCAUGAACUGAAUACAGGCUCCUCCCUCCAGAGUUCAGUAUUCAAGGGAGGUCUCACUUUUGCUAGCUCAUCCAGCCCUGAAUGUUCUUGGUAUAUUAUAUUGAGUCACCGGCAAUGGUAUUGUCGUCGUUGUCGUUCAUGUGAACAAUGGGUGUUGCAAUGCAAGUUAGCCUACUGCACUGGAAAGGAGUGGAGCUGGUGGUUAGACUUUGACGAAUGA